GUCCAGGAUUCCUGAUGAGUAUAGCCUACCUUGACCCUGGUAACAUAGAGUCUGAUCUGCAGUCUGGGGCAAAGGCUAAGUUUAAGUUGCUAUGGAUAUUACUAGCUGCCCACAUUCUUGGGCUGUUAAUGCAAAGACUGGCUGCCAGGUUGGGUGUUGUCACAGGCUUGCAUCUCGCUGAGGUGUGCAAUAGACGAUACCCUAAAAUACCCAGGAUUUUGCUCUGGCUUAUGGUAGAAAUUGCCAUCAUAGGUUCUGACAUGCAGGAAGUUAUAGGGACUGCUAUUGCCUUUUACCUGCUGUCCAAUGGAACAAUCCCACUGUACGGAGGGGUGUUGAUCACCAUAGCAGACACCUUCACAUUUCUGUUGUUGGAUAAAUACGGCCUUAGGAAGUUGGAAGCUUUCUUUGGGGUCCUCAUCAGCAUAAUGGCAAUCACAUUUGGUUAUCAGUAUGGUGUAUCUGCCCCUAACCAAGGAGAACUGCUGAAAGGGAUGUUUUUCCCAUAUUGUGAAGGCUGUGGUUCAAAGGAACUGCUUCAAGCAGUUGGAAUCAUAGGAGCUGUAAUCAUGCCACAUAAUAUAUAUCUACAUUCUGCUCUUGUUAAGUCACGUGACAUAAACAGAAACAACAAAGGAGAGGUCCGUGAGGCAAAUAAAUAUUACUUUAUUGAGGCAACAAUUGCAUUAUUUGUAUCAUUCCUCAUCAAUCUGUUUGUGGUUGCUGUCUUCGCUGAGGGAUUCUAUGGCAAGUCUAGUCAAGAUAUUUUUCAAGGCUGCUUAAAGCACAAUAACCCACAUGCACAGGUUUUCAAUCAAACUGGUGAAGUUGAAGUUGAUCUUUUCAGAGGGGGUGUCUUCCUUGGCUGUUAUUUUGGGCCAGCAUCUAUGUAUAUAUGGGCGAUAGGUAUCCUUGCUGCAGGUCAGAGUUCAACUAUGACUGGAACCUACGCUGGCCAGUUUGUUAUGGAGGGUUUCCUUGAUCUAAAAUGGAAGCGAUGGCAGAGAGUUCUCCUUACAAGAUCCAUAGCAAUAUUACCAACCAUCUUUAUUGCUGCAUACAAAGGUGUAUCAGAUCUGACAGGCAUGAAUGACUUGCUCAACGUACUCAUGAGCCUCCAGCUCCCAUUUGCACUUAUUCCAAUACUAACAUUCACAAGCCAUUUUAGUGUCAUGAAAGAAUUCAAAAAUAACUGGCCAUCAAAGAUAGUGACAAUACUCCUGACUAUAGCUGUCCUAGCCAUUAACAUGUACUUUGCUGCUGUGUAUAUACGUGACAUGCCUGUGAAGCACUGGGCCCUGUAUCUCUUCAUUGCUAUUGCACUUCUAUUGUAUCUACUCUUCAUAGGAUAUUUAACAUGGGUGUGCCUAGUGACCCUGGGGGCAAGAAAGUUAGCUGUCUCUACGUGCUGUCCUGCAGCUUUAGCCAUAAACUAUGAGCUCCAAUCAGACUCCAACGAUAUAGAUACCCAUCAGCUCACUGAACAAACAAGUCCUGAAAACUCUUCAGCUGAAACAUCUUCCAUAGACAAUGGCCAUAUAGCCACACCUGACUUUAAAAAUGAUCCUCUGGAAAAGUAUGGAAAAUGAUGGAAUAAAAUGAAUAGUGAAAUACUCUGGAGCAAAUAGAUUUUGAUCUAAAUAUAUAAAUGUUUGCACAUACAUAAUUUAGGGAAUUUUAGUGCACUGACAAAAAGAACAUACAUGUAUGUAGUAUUAGACCAUAACCUCCAGACAAUUGAAAUCACAGAUGUGCUCUUCAUAAAAUUCAUAGAACUCAUAUUUAGGUCCUCUGAUGAAAUAUUAUACUACUGAUGUAUUGUUUCUCAUCUUUGAAGUCUGAGUAUCCGAAAAUGGUAUUUAUGUCAUACAUGUUUAUUUUUAUUCCCAAAGAUUUUGAUGGAGGCUUAAUAUGGCACAUUUUCAAAUCCACCGAAUUCACCAAAUUACAAACAAACUCAUAUUUAAGUUACUUGCUCUGUCACCUCAUUUUGGAAUCAUUUGCGACAAGCCAUGAUUAUCUUGAUCAUUAUUUGGUUGAGAAUUAUCUAUUUCAUUCAUUUCAGCAUUUAUGUACAUUGUAGAUAGGGUUAACAAAUUAUUUAAUGGUUUCUUUAUACAGCUGUUUUGCACAUAUAUCACAUGGACACAAACUGUUUUGAUGUCCUUCUGUGUGCUUGUUUUCAUUCCAUUGAAAUCUGUGAUAAAUUAAAGUGGUUAUGUCUGUAUGUAUUGAUUUAUACCCAACAUGAACAUAUCACUAAUAUGAUUUAGUAGGCUGUAUUUUUGAUGAGCCUAGAAGAUGAUGUGAACAUAUAAGUUAUAUUGUGGAGAAAAUUGAGUUCAGGCCUGAAUGAAAAAGACAGUGUUCCUUUAACCAGCUAUAAAUCAUUUACAUAGCUAGCUUCAAUAUUGCCAAUAUCCAAAGCAAAACAAAUACCUAGGCCUUAUAUGGAAAAUACUAUGUACAUUUUACAUAUUUUUAAGCAUUAUAUAUCAUAUAUGUGCAAUAUGUAUAAGGAUUUUUGUAUGUUGAUGUAUGAAGGAAGUUUGAAUGCAGUAUAAAAUGUUGAAAAUAUAAUUCCAUAAUA